AAGCGUAAAACGUUCGCGGAUGCCACUACCUCAGGCUCUGAUCUAUCCCAAUCCGCCGCGAGAUAGCUGGGCUGGAUUGGGGUUCGGCUCGCCAGCAGGAAUUGCGGGCAGCUCGUAUACAGUCGCGAGCUUGCCAUGAGUUCCUUGUCCGUGUCAAGACAAACCUACAACCUACUAAAACCGAAUCCUAGACUCUCGCUAUUUUCUGCUCCGUCCCUCUACCUAACUAGGGGUGCAAUUUCUGGCCUGCCUCCUGCCCUUGACCUCAAUAGGAAGAGAGCAAGACAGCAUAGCAGUUGCAGGAACCUCCUAAUUCUACCACGCCAGUCCUACUAUAUACCGGAUCUACGUCGACCACUACUACCGCCACAGCGCCGGCACCGCGCCUUCAGCUCCUCAUCGUCUCGCGCCAUGGCAGAGCCUCCAACCUCCCUUACCGACGCGGUCAUUGCCGCGAUGCGGACGCUUUUCCCAGAAGAGCUCGCGGAUCGCGCGUGGGACAACACCGGAUUAUUGCUGGGACAAGCACCGCGGCCUUCUACGUCCGAAACUGAUGACGAUGAGGCCAGCGGCACCGUCCUUCUCACUAACGACUUGACGUCCGCGGUGGUCGACGAGGCACUGGCCGAAGGGGCCAAGAUGAUUAUCUGCUACCACCCUGUCAUCUUCAGACCGUUGAAAUCUCUCACCACGCAAGACCCGAUGCAGACCUCCCUCCUGCGCCUCGCGGCUGCGAGGGUCUCCGUAUACUGCCCCCACACAGCCGUGGAUGCGGCGAGCGGAGGCCUAAAUGACUGGCUCUGCGACAUACUGCUAGAUGGGGAGCCCCAGGUGCAACGCACAGUCGUCCAACCUAUUUCUCGACCUCUGCCGCAAGGAUGCGAGGGUUGCGGCUAUGGACGAGUGGUGGAGCUGGCUCGGCCCGUCUCCUUGCGGGCCCUUCUGAAGCGACUAUCCGCCGGCCUGGGUGGCCAACGCUAUAUGAUGAUCGCCAUUCCGUCUUCGUGUAGGGACGGCACCGGGAUGCGCCAGAUCUCGAAGGUAGCUGUCUGCGCGGGCUCAGGGUCCGACGUGUUGAAAGAUACCGAUGCCCAGGUCCUGGUGACGGGGGAGAUGGCGCACCACUACGCCCUUCGGCACACGGAGCUGGGCCAGAUCGUCGUCACCGUCUUCCACAGCAACUCAGAGCGGAAGUACCUAGAGACGAGGUUGAAGCCCAUGCUAGAAGUUGAGCUAGAGACAACGAGGUAUGGGAAUACUCGCGUGGUUGUGAGCACGGAAGACUGUGACCCAUACGAGGUAGUUGACGUCGAAGAGCUUUAGCAUAGGGGCCCACAUUGUGGUCCCUGGCUUCGUCGACGCUGUAAUUGAAACGCGCAGCUUUUCCCUCUCCGGUCUGUGCUGAGUUUGUGUGUGGGCGGGUGUUGGCCAUGAGUGAAAUCUUGUCCCGAUUUAGCCGACAGUUCGCAGAGGAUCGGUGGACACAUUCAGUCUUUCUUCCCGGC